AUGUUUUGAGUCAAGUCCUAUUCACUUUUAAAUAAAUAAUAUUCUGUUUUUGCAUUUCAGGUGUUACAGAGCUGCGUGUAAAUCUUGUUGAACUACAAUUAUAUAUUUGACAAGGUGACAGUUAAGUUGAGCAGAUAUGGCAGAUGCCCUCUUCGUUGUUCUCAAAAAAGUUGCUCUCUCCCUGGGAGAAGGAGCACUAGAAAAGAUUGCCAAAGAGGUCGUAGAAGCAGCACCCCUCAUGACAGAUUUUGAGCAUAGCAUGAAACAAAUUGAAGGUGAACUCUCAGUUCUGCAGGCCUUUAUUAACCAAGUUAGUGCACAGAGAGUCAGUGACAAGGCAUUUGAUGCAUGGUUGUACCAAGUUAGAGAUGUGGCCCAUGAGGUAGAAGACAUCAUUGAUGAGUAUGCUUACCUUACUGUGCAAGCCGUUGAUACAAGCAGCUUCUUCAAGAGAAAGUUCCACCAGAUCAAGAACUUUGCAGCAUGGCAGAAGUUCCCUAGCCAGAUCAGUCAAGUAGAAGCAAGGAUUCAGAGGCUAUCAGAAAUGAGGAGUCGAUAUGGUUUCUCAGUCAGUGAACUAGAUAGAAAUAGUAAUUUUCGGCUCUCUAGUCAGUUUUGUCUGUCAGAUUCUGCUUACCUGAUAGAUAACACUGAGAUAGUAGGAAAUGUUGAUGAAAUUGGAAAACUGACACAAUGCCUACUUGAGGAGAAACAAGACCGGUCUCUAAUUGCCAUCCUUGGUAUGGGAGGUUUAGGAAAAACUGCUAUCGCAAGCACUGUCUACAAGAAUCAAAAGAUCAUAACAUCUUUUGAUUGUCACGCAUGGGUUAUUGUAUCUCAGACUUAUCAAGUGGAGGAACUACUAAGAGAACUUAUAAAUCAGCUAAUAAUAGGUGAGAGAGCAAGCAUGCCAAGUGGUUUCAUGAACAUGUGUCGCAUGAGAUUAGUUGAGGUAAUACAAAGCUAUUUGCGGGACAAAAAAUACUUCAUUGUCCUGGAUGAUGUGUGGGACAAAGAUGCUUGGUUAUUUUUGAACUAUGCAUUUGUCAGAAACAGAUGUGGAAGUAAAGUGCUGAUAACAACCAGGAGAAAAGAUGUGUCGUCUUUGGCAGUUGACAACUAUGUCAUUGAACUUAAAACCCUUAAAGAUGCUGAAUCUUGGGAACUGUUUUGUAAAAAGGCGUUUCAUGCUUCAGAAGAUAACAUUUGUCCUGAAAAUAUAAGAUAUUGGGCAAAUAAAAUUGUUGCAAAGUGCCAAGGAUUGCCACUGGCCAUUAUAACUAUUGGCAGUAUUCUGUCAUACCGUGACUUAAAGGAACAGGAGUGGGCAUUUUUCUUCAACCAACUUAGUUGGCAAUUAGCCAACAAUCCAGAGCUCAACUGGAUUUCCAGUGUCUUGAAGUUGAGCUUGAAUGAUCUACCAAGUUAUCUUAGGAGCUGCUUCCUAUAUUGCAGCAUCUUUCCUGAAGAUUACAAGAUUAGAAGAAAACUUAUUUCCAAGCUAUGGAUAGCGGAAGGUCUUGUGGAAGAGAGAGGAGACGGAACAACAAUGGAGGAAGUUGCUGAGUGUUAUCUUAUGGAGCUCACUCAACGCUCUCUUCUUCAGGUCACAGAAAGGAAAAUAUGUGGAAGAGCUAGAACAUUUCUGAUGCAUGAUCUUGUGCGAGAGGUAACUUCAAUCAUUGCUAAAAAGGAGAAGUUUAGUAUUGCACAUAGUGGUGCCAGUACAACCCAAGUUGCCCAUGAAGCUCGCCGCCUAUGCAUCCAAAGAGGUGCCCAGACCUUGAAUUCUUUAAGUAGCUCACAGCUCCGCUCAUUCAUUUUGUUUGACACUGAAGUACCAUGUUCUUGGAUACAUGAUAUUUUAUCACGUUUCAGACUACUGAGGGUCCUAUGCCUAAGAUUUGCCAAUAUUGAACAAGUGCCAGGUGUGGUCACAGAAUUGUAUAACUUGCGUUAUAUAGAUUUGUCAUACACAAAAGUGAAGAUGAUUCCGGCAUCAUUUGGAAAACUUGUUAACCUACAAGUUUUGGAUCUCAGAGACACCUAUGUAGAGGAGUUGCCACUGGAAAUAACUAUGCUAACUAAUUUACGGCAGCUACAGGUGUGUGCAGUCUAUGAUAUUCUACUAAGAUCAUUGAACUGCCUCAGCGCUACAAAAAUUCCUGGUAACAUUUGUCAUCUAAAGAACCUCCAAGCUUUGCAGAUUGUUUCAGCCAAUAAAGAUUUUGUUUCACAGCUGGGAAACUUGAAGUUAAUGAGAACUUUGGCUAUUGCGGAAGUGCGGCAAAGCUACAUUGCAGAGCUAUGGAACUCGCUGACAAAGAUGCCUAACCUGAAUAGACUAUUUAUUUCCACAUGUGAUGUCAAUGAGAUUCUCAACUUGAAAACUCUAAAACCAUUGCCAAAUUUGACAACGUUCAACCUGUCAGGAAAGUUGGAGGGAGGAGUCCUCCCAUUGAUAUUUUCUGUGAAAUUAAAGCAGUUAAAAUUGGACUGGUCUAGUCUGAAGAAGGAUCCUGUCAGCUCUUUCUCUCAAAUGUCAAAUCUUGUUGAUCUAUUGCUCACUGGAGCAUAUGCUGGGGAACAGCUAACGUUUUGCACUAGAUGGUUCCCCAAUCUCAAAUCUCUGCAAUUAGCUGACAUGGAACAUCUGAAUUGGAUUGAGAUAGAGGAUGGAGCAAUGAUGAAUCUACAUGUUUUGUUACUUGCUGGUUUAAGGAAUCUAAAAGCUGUACCUGAGGGCAUCAAGUACAUCAGGACACUCCAUGAGAUGUUUCUGACAGAUAUGUCAAAUGAGUUCAUAAUAAGACUGCAGGGAAGUGAUAAUCACAUUGUUCAACACAUACCCAACAUCAAUAAGUUUGACUCUUCUGAUUCUCAAGCAGUAAAUAACAUGCUUUAUCUGCCGUGGCUUGCCAAGAAGUUUGGUCCUGGUGCAAUUAAGUAUGCCUCUAUAAACUGUGGCUCAUCUGGUUCUUGACGAUUCAGUGGAAGUUGUCUGCAAAAAAGGCCAAUGCCCGUCAUUUGAAGAAGGAACAAUAUGUAGAUGCAGGUCAUCUUGGUGCAGUGAAUGAGCUAUUGUUUCUGUUUUGUACUUUGCACAAGGAUAUUGUGGAAGUCACAGUAAAUGAAGAUUUACAGAGGCUGAAUUCACCGUCUGUCUACAUGGAGGAUGAAUCGUGUGUUUCUUUGGAUACUCUGUUUUUAUGAAAGAUGUCCAUCACUAGAGUCACCUGAUA